CAGAUAUUUAAGCAGCCAGCUGGUAUCGAAGCUCAGUCUGCAGCACCGAGGCGACAAGAGUAAAACUACCGAGUUUAUAAGUGUAUACGAAAAGUUUAUAAACGCCGAUCAUGUCUGGUCCAAGUGUGCUUCUUUACUUGGCUAUUGCAGCCAUAUUUGUAUUUAAUGCACAAGUCAGUUCGGUUCCUCAAGUCGGUCCAUAUGCCGCCAACAACUCGAACAAGUCUCACGACUUGAUCGUUGGGUUCAGAAUGCCUGGCGACAGACUGGUACUCAGACAAUCCGUCGUGAAGAAAUCUGCCUUCUGGCAAAUCGUUUCAGACGAGAUGACCUUCAAUACCAGCAGAUGGGAAAGAAUUACUAUGGUCCGGAUCCUUGAUCAGAAAACCGAUGGUACCGGUGCGUACGCCAGCCUUCUCAGGGGUGGUCCAGGAUACCAGAACGUUACCCUUCGCUUCAAGAGCCAGAGGAACCAUGGAAUCCACUUCAUCGUUGAGUUGUAUUCGAGACCGUAAGCUGCAUCGCCGAAACCAGCGAAGCUGUUUAGAUAUACUUUACGAAGACAACGUGCAAGUCAAAGAUUAUUUAUUGCUUUCCGUAAAAUAACUCGCGAUACGAAUAAUCGAUUCGUUUCGCUUUCCAUUUGUACUUAAUGCCAUGUUAUGUAAAGAAGAGUAAUAAAAUUAAGCAAUCAAAUCCGUAAUGAAAA